AUGGCUACUCCUGAAAACCAAUCCUCUGAGGUUGAGGCACAACCAGGCACUCCUGUGCCUCCUGAGAACCCUCCUCCAGAGCAAACAGAGAAGAAGAAGAAGCAUAGAAAGUCUCCCAUUUCGACUACUGCUAUCGAGACUCCUGCUGUCACAACAGAAACACCUUCAGUGCUUGAAGCCGCUGUUGACAAUCAAACUCAACCACAAGGUUCUCCACAAGCUAUCCCUCAGGAUAAUCCUUCUCCCAGCAAAGUGGCUGAAGAAGUGGUCGAAGAGCCAACUGGUGUGCAGCAUGAAACUGUGCUAGAAAAGGCUUCAUCCCCUCAAGCUGUCGACACCGCUAUCCCCAACAGGACACCAUCACCUAAAACCACUGGCUCACCACCUCAUGGCGCAGAGGAUGACACUCUUAAGCUUAACAAUGAAGAGAUUAAGGAUGAUCAGGGCCUAACACAAGAGAACCCUUUGUCAAAUCCAGCUCAAGUGUCGACUGCCAGUGAUCCUCCAACCAACGUUCAAGCUGAUCAUGCUGCCAACCUUUCCACUGAGCAGAGGCCAUCAUUUGAUGGUGAGCAUUCUACUACGAAUCAACCCCAACCAAGUGGGCCAAGCCAUGAUUCUGACUCAAUGAAUGCUAAUACCACUACUACAAAAAAGAGCUUUAAUAGCGCCUAUUUAAUAGCGCUUAUUUAA